GCCCCCCGGCGCUCCCUGACGUCAUCGCGCAGCGCCGGCAGCAUGGCGGCGGGGUGCGCGGCGCUGUUGGAGGCCCUGAGCGCGCUCCCGCCCGCCCGGGGCGCGCUCCCGAGGCUGGUGCGGGGGCUGCGGGACAGCGCCGGGACACAGAGCGCUCAGGCCAUUGGUGGCCUCGUGGGGGUCACCAGCGCCCGGCUCAGCUCCAUGAAGACCCGCUUCGAGGGGCUCUGCCUCCUGUCCCUGCUGGUGAGUGAGAGCCCCACAGAGCCCUUCACCCAGCACUGCCUGGGCUGGCUGCGGGCGCUGCAGCACCUCCUGCAGUCCCAGGACCCUGCCCCCACCAUGGCUCUGGGGGUGCUGGUGCUGCGGGAGCUGCUCCGGUUCUCAUCCCAACUGCCGGAGCUGGCGCGAGACAUUGGCACGGAUCACAUCCCGGGAAUGCUGACCUCCCUGCUGGCGCUGCGGCCCGAGUGCGAGGUGUCCACGCUGGAAGGCAUCAAGGCCUGUAUGAGCUUCUACCCCCGGGCCUGCGGCUCCAUGCGGGGAAAACUGGCUGCCUAUUUCCUGGCUCGCAUCGACUCCGACUCCCCCCAAGUGCAACAGCUGGCGUGCGAGUGCUACGCGCUGGUGCCAGCGCUGGGCCGCGGCUUCGCGCAGGGGCUGCGCCACACUGAGGCCUGGCAGCAGGAGCUGCAGGGGCUGCUGGCAACACUGCACGCGCUGCUGGGGGAGCUGUUCGAGGGCUGCGAGAGCGAGCCGCUGCCCUAUGAGGGGCCGGGGGUGGAGCUUCUGCUCCCGGCCCCCCCCGACGGUGACCCCAGUAUCAGCCUCACCCUGCACAAGCGCUGCUCGGGGCUGGCGCGGGUGCUGCAGCUGCUGCUCAGCAAGGAGUUCGUGGCCCCGGUGACGGUUCCGGUUCAGGACAUCCUGGACCUCGUGUGCCGAGCGCUGAGCAUCACCCCCAAAACCAUCAACGCGGCUGGGGAUGGAGCCUUGAGGCUGCUGCUGCUGCCUGCAGUGCACUUGGAUGCAUUGGAUGUGCUGGAGGCGCUGGUGCUGGCCUGUGGUGCGCGCCUGGUGCGCUGGGGCAGUGCCUUGGCCCGGCUGUUCCCUCAGGUGCUGAGCGCCUGGAGCGGCGCCCGGGAGGCGCUGCCGGGCCAGGAGAAACCAUUCGGAGAGGUCCGGGCCCGGCUGUACCACGUGAUGGAGCUGUGGGCGCAGGUGGGCGGGGCCUCGUGCGGGCUCCUGCAGCAGCCGGGGGCGGCCACGGAGGCGCUGCUGAGUCACGUGAUGGGGGACAUCGCCCCCCCCUGCGACAGCCUGAGGCUCAAGGCCGAGGCCAAGCCCAGCGCCCCCAAGCGCCCCAAACUGGGGGGGGGCCCGGAUGGGGACCCCCCCCCCCUGCACCGCAAGCAGGAGCCGGCAGCCAAUAGUGAUGUCUGCAGGGCUGCCCUUAAAGCGCUGCGUCGGAUCAUCCUGACCGGGGGGUCAUUGAUAAAGGAGGACAUCCAUAGGAGGCUGCAGGAGCUGCUGGUGCCGCUGGUGCUGAGCGUCCCCUCGGCCUGCUCCACUUCCGGCUCCCCGUACGCGAGCGCCCCCUGCAGGGAGGCUCUGUACCACCUCCUGCUCGCGCUCGUGCUCGUGCCCGCGCCCGCCGCGCCCCCCCCCCUGCACUGCGCGAUCCAGGCCUUCACUAUGGGGCAGAGGGACCCUGCCCUGCAGGUCUCCUCCGCCUGCACCGAAGCCCUCAUCAUCACCAACGCCCUCGUGCGCCCAUGGGUGCCCCCCCUGCGCGCCCCCAUCUUCAUCCACUACGAACGGGAGGAGGCUUCGGACGUGGAGAUCUCCCUGGAGAGUGACUCUGAUGACAGCGUCGUCAUCGUCCCCAAGCGGGGGGGGCCCCCCCUCCCCUCCCCCCCCCCCCUGCCCCCUCCCCCUCCCCCACCCCCUCCCCCACCCCCCGGACUCCCUCCUCUUCCUCCCAUCCCCCCACUGGGGCAAGCAGGGGAUGAGGUUGCCCCUCCCCCACCGCCUCCUCCCCCCCCUCCCCCUCCUCCUCUUCCUCCUGCACCCCCUUUGUCGUCUUCCUCCCCUCCCCCUCCUUCCUCAUCGUCGCCCCCCCCACCCCCUCUUCCUCUUCCUGCGCCCCCCCCGGAAGUGGAAAUGGACCCGGCCGUCAUUAACAUCAAUAGCAGCGAGGAGGAAGAGGAGGAGGAGUUUGGGGAGGAAGAGGAGGAAGAGGAGGAGGAAGAGGAGUUCUAUGAGGAGGAGGAGGAAGAGGAGGACUAUGAGGAGGAGGAGGAGUACGAGGAAGAGGAGGAGUAUGAGGAAGGGCUGUCGGAAGAGGAGGAAGAGGAAGAGGAAGAGGAAGGCAACCCCCCCCCCCUCCCCCCCCCAGGAUACGGGGGCUCUGCUGAUGGAGGUGGAGGAUGCUCAGAGCGCUGCCCCCCCCCACGGGGAGGAGGAGGAAGGAGCCCCCCCCGAGCCCAUCGCCAUGGAAACGGGAAGGGAGGAGGAAGAGGAAGAGGAAAAGGGGCGUGGCCUGAACCACGCCCCGCCCCCUCCGCUCCUGGCCCCGCCCCCUGCGCUCCUGGCCACGCCCCCUGCGCUCCUGGCCCCGCCCACGCCCUCGCAGGGGGAGGGGCUGCCGAGUCCGCCAGGGGGCGCUGAGGAGCCACAGGCCACGCCCCCUCCGCCCCCCCCUCCCCCUGCGGGGGUGGGAGGGGCCAGGGUGGGGGGGGCGGGGCAAGAGGAGGAGGAAGAGGAGGAGACACCCCCGGGGAAGGGAGAGGAGCUGGACGCAGCCGCCUCCAUGUUGGCCGAUUUCAUUGACUGCCCCCCCGACGAGGACAAAGGCCCCGAACCUGCCCCGUGACCCCCCGGACCCCAAAAACCCCCUUUUUUACCCCAAAAACCCCCACUUUAACCCCCCCAAACCCUUUUUUAACUCCCUAAACCCCCUUUAACCCCCCAAAAACCCCUUUUUUAGCCCCAAAACCCCAUUUAACUCCCACAAAACUCACUUUAACCCCCCAAAACCUCACUUUUUACCCCCAAAACCUCCUUU